GCUCAUGGAUAGCAGCGAAGAUCACGUCUCCGGUGCGGCUUCGGAGUUUCACUGCCGUCCGAGCAUCACAAAGGUCUUGAAUGCGGCUCAACAAGCCUUCUCGACACUCAAACAAUCGCCGGUGAAAUCAGGAAGGAAGUCAAGAGAUGAUUCUUCUGGGUUUGCUUGCUUCAUUAUCAUGGUAUUGAUUAUUGUUAUCAUCGUGCAAUUAUGGUUAUUUUCUCUUCUCUAUAUCCAGCUAAAACAUCGAAAGGACGGAGAAAAGAAGACAGAGGAAAAGGAAAAUAUUUUUGUUCUUCCAAGUGAAUAUCGUCUGCCAAGAAAUGUGACGCCAUUAUCUUACGAGCUGGUUCUCAAAAUUUAUCUGCCAUUCUAUGUGGAUUUUCCAAAGGAGAAAAAUUUGACAGUUGAUGGUGAAGUAAGAAUCAACAUGCUUGUUCGUGAGUCAACGAACGUUAUAGUCCUGAACCAAGCAGGAAUUUCCAUCGAAAAAGAAAAGUGUAGUGUUUACUCGCACGACAACGCAUUUGUCGUAGAAAGGCUCGACUAUGACCAUACUCACGAGCGAGUGAGCUUUUACCUAAACGAUGUCUUGCCUUCUGGACAAACAGCCACACUAAAGGUGUCCUACACAGCGCGUGUGCUCAAUGGUACCUAUGGACUCUAUCAAAAUCUCUACGUUAGCAACAAUAAAAUAAAAAUUGCGGCUGUUACUAAAAUGGAGCCUACAAGUGCCCGAAAGUUAGUUCCCUGUUUCGACGAACCGGACUUUAAGGCAGUUUGGAAAGUAACGAUAGUGCAUCCUGUUGGAACUACAGCAAUCGCAAAUGCAAUGGAAUUAGAUGUAUCAAACGAGCCUGGUGGAGAAUGGAAGAAAUCUGCGUUCAAGCCUACUCCGAUUAUGUCAUCGUAUCUCCUAGCCGUUUUUGUAUCUGAGUUCACUUACAACGAAGCACGCACAAACAGAGGAGUUAGAGUUCGGUUGUGGUCAGCUCCUGGCUCAGAAUCUCAAAGAGAUUACGGACUUAAAGUAGCAACGACUGCCCUAAGUACAUUCGAAAAGUACUUCGGACUGAAUGAAGUUAUGCUAAAGCAAGAUUUGGUUGCAUUGGAAAACUUUGGAUCAGGUGCAAUGGAAAAUUGGGGUUUAAUCACUUUCAGAAGAAAAUAUCUACUGGAUCUUGCUGUGCCGAACGCUUCACUCACCUCUGAAGAGCAGUCAUCAUUUUUGUUGAAUAAGUACAAUAGGCACAUGGAUAUCGAAAGCGUUGUCACUCAUGAGCUUACACACCAGUGGUUUGGCAAUCUGGUGACGCUGGCGUGGUGGGAAGAACUCUGGCUGAAUGAAGGUUUUGCUGCAUACUUUGAAAAUCUUCGAUUAGUAAGUCCGGGUGACGACGAAUUGGCAAUUGUAAGUUAUUAUUUGUAA